AUGCAGAUGAAAAGAAGUAAAGAAUUGAUAACUAAAAAUUAUAAUGAAGAGGAAGUAAGUAGUCUUCGCUGCUGGAAAUGUAGAAAAUGUAUUGCAAGUUCUGGUUGUUUCAUGGAAUAUCCUGAGAACCAAGUGAUUAAGGAUAAAGGUGACCCAGGUGAUGCUACAAAUAUUUGUCAUGUGUGGCACAUGAAUAUAGAAGCCCUUCCGGAAUGGAUAAACUGCCUAAUACAAAAAGCCCAGUGGACAGUUGGAAAACUGAAUUGCCCUUUCUGUGGGGCCCGUUUAGGGGGCUUUAAUUUUGUCAGCACUCCAAAAUGUGCCUGUGGCCAGCUUGCAGCUGUACAUCUCUCCAAGAGCCGGACCGAUUAUCAGCCAACACAGGCAGACAGACUAAUGAGACCAUCACUGAAAUACUUGUCACAUCCUAGAGUUCAGUCAGGUUGUGACAAGGAAACUCUGCUGACAGGUGGUGGCUCCAAAAACAGAAAUCACAGGCUUUUAAACAUGGCCCAAAAUAAUAAUGACCCUGGAAGAUUAACAGAAGCACUCUGCCUGGAGGUGCGAUCAACAUAUUUUGAGAUGAAGAAUGAAAAACUGCUCUUCAAAGAACCAGAAGCAAAAUGCCAGUUUUUUGUUCCCCAGCUUGUGACUGGCAGAUGCACGACAAGAGCCUUUCAUAGAAAAUCACAUAGUUUGGAUCUGAACAUCAGUGAGAAACUGACUUUAAUACCCACUUUAUAUGAAAUCCAUAGUAAGACCACUGCCUAUUCUGGGCUAAAUGAAAUACAGCCUAUUGACCUUUCAGGCUUGCCUUUGCAAUCUAGUAAAAAUACCUGUUCUUUUCAAAAUCCAUCUAGUUUUGAUCCUAAUAUGCUGGUGCAAAGAUUUUCAGUGGCCCCCCACGAGACACAGACACAAAGAGGAGGAGGAUUUCAGUUUGGUCUGGAAGCUUCUUCAGUAUACUCUGACCAUGCUAACACUAACGACCUCACUUUCCUGAUGGACCUGCCCUCAGCUGGCAGGAGCAUGCUGGAGGCCUCAGACCAAGAAGAGCACCUCUCCCCUCUGGACUUCCUACGCUCAGCCAGUUUUUCGUUGGGCACCAUUAAUCCGAGGCUCAAUAAGAAAGAAAGGAGCAAGUUGAAGAAUCUAAGAAGAAAACAACGAAGGCAUGAAAGAUGGCGACAGAAGCAGGGUAAAUACCCAGGAAUGGGAUUGCUGGAUCAUGUGACUUUGAAUAAUGAUAUGAGCACAGACGACGACAAUGAAUAUGCAGAAGAAAAGGACAGCUACAUCUGUGCGGUGUGUUUGGAUGUUUACUUCAACCCUUACAUGUGCUACCCUUGCCACCACAUCUUCUGUGAGCCCUGCUUACGAACUCUGGCCAAAGACAAUCCUGCAAGCACUCCUUGCCCACUGUGUCGGACAAUUAUCUCUAGAGUCUUUUUCCAGACAGAAUUGAACAAUGCCACAAAAACAUUCUUUACUAAAGAAUAUUUGAAAAUAAAACAAAGCUUUCAUAAAUCCAGCUGUGCAAAAUGGCCUCUACCAAGCUGCAGAAAAGCGUUCCAUCUUUUUGGAGGUUUCCGCAGACGUGCAGCUCCAGUUACAAGAAGGCAGUUCCCACAUGGUGCACAUAGAAUGGAUUACUUGCAUUUUGAGGAUGAUAGCCGUGGAUGGUGGUUUGACAUGGAUAUGGUGAUCAUCUAUAUUUAUUCAGUGAACUGGGUCAUUGGAUUCAUUGUUUUCUGCUUUCUUUGCUAUUUUUUCUUUCCGUUUUAG